AUGUUAUUACACCACUAUCGCGUGGAUAAACCUUGGCUUGGCUAUCUUUCGAGGAGCGAUACUGGUGUGUGUACCAGAGAGCCCAUUGUUUUUGGUGAAGAAGAAGAAAAUUGAGGAAGCUCGCGUUUCUCUUUCUGUUUAUCGAAGGGUUCCCAAAAACUCAACAAUAGUACAAGAAGAGUUGGCCAAAAUUAGGCAGCAGCUUUCUUCGCCUCUUGAUUCUGUUCCGUUAAAUGAGAAUGGAGAAGUAGCUGAAAUGGCAAAAUUGACAUCUGAUAUAAAAGAGAGGCCUCAGCCGAGAUUCCAUGCAUUGAAGACUUUAUGCUUAUCACCAGCAUCACGCCGAGGCUUCAUUAUUUUAUUAAUGGCUUUUACUAUGGAGGUGCUGAUGGGCCUAGCACCCGUUCAGGUGUACGCCAAGCAGGUGUUCAUAGAGGCAGACCCGUACCACGGAGACCUGUACUCCGUGAUCCUGGCUGUGUGCUGGUGCCUAGGCAGUGUGCUGUGUAGUGCUCUCACUGACAGAUUUGGGAGACGGGUACUGCUCAUAACCUCAGCGUCAUCAUCCGGGGUGUGCCUGGUGAUCCUCGGAGCUCUACUGCAGACGCAGCUGGCGCCGCCGUGGGUGACGGUGCUCUUCAUCAUGGUGUUCUGCUUCUGUUUCCUAUGCGCGUCCGGGACGGUGCCCUAUGUGCUGAUGUGCGAGCUGUUUAGCCCUGAGGUCCAAACCCUAGCCUCCAUGCUGAUCGUGCAGUGGCUUUUCAUCUCGGCCUUCAUAAUCCUGGCCCUGUUCAACUGGCUGAGUAGACUGGUCGGCAUCCACUACAUCUUCUACGGAUUUGCUGUCAACAGCUGCAUCUAUGUCUUGUUUAGUUACUUCGUGAUUCCAGAGACUAAAGGGCUGUCGAAUAAGCAGAUUCAACAGGCGUUGUUGGAAGGGAGAUAA